GCUCUUGGUACUGGACGUACUCGUACUCGCAGUCACAGUCGCACUUGCUCAUCUCACGUGCCUCUCUAUCUGUACAUCUACCUCUACGUCUACGUCGUUUACCCUAGACCUACGUAGUACGUGCUCGGUUCAUCGACGGCAGUUGCAAGAUCUAUACCUUGCAUCUUGUUGUCUUGUCUUGUCUUGUCUUGUCUUGUACCAGUUUGCCGUUUGCCAGUUGACUGUCGAGUCCUCUCUCAUCUGUUCGUGUUCCAGCCUUUUUUUCGUCGUCUUCACUCUUCAGUUCGUUUGUUUUCAUUUCGUUAUAUGCUGUUGAGUGAGUAGCGACUGAAUUUGGAUGCUGCUACUCAUCGUAUCUACUCGUACGCGUACAUUUUGGCUGUGUCGUCGUCGUCGUCGUCGUCGGGUGCCGAUGUCGUACUCGAAUCCAUUCGUUGUUGCUGACGAUGGCUAGUGUGUCUGUGUAUGUGUGUAAUUGUGUAUGUGUACCUACGUAAUGUGUACGAUGAGUGAUGCUGAUGGCAAAUUGCCCAAACUACGAGUAUUAACCAGCGAAUAAGCAUGAAAUGACUGCGAGGUGACGAAAAAGGGAUAACGAGCUUCGCCGCAAAACAACCAUGAGAAUAGUAGACGACGAAUCGUGGCUGAUGAUAAACGUUUUGAAGAUUUUGUUGUUUUGGACGUUGAGCGAAGCGACGACGACGACGACGACGACGACGACGAGGACGAAUCGACCGCCACGAUUUGUGGCCGGAGGCGAUAUGGCGCAAUUUUCUCUACCCGAAGAUAUCGCCGUAGGCACGACCGUCUACAAAUUAAGGGGAACGGACCCGGACGGAGGAUCGGUCUACUACAGCAUCAGCGGAGAGUAUUUUUCAGUCCAUAAGCAUUCCGGCGACGUGAUCCUCAUCAAGCCGUUGGAUCGCGAGCUCGUCGAUACCAUCGAAGUGAUAGUUAGCAUCACAGAUGAGACGCCGUCGCCGUCGCCGUCGCCAGAUUCGGCCGCCGAGGAACCGAAUACGGUGUCGCUGAAACGUGAAAUUCCCAUCAUCGAUGUAAACGACAAUCGACCGACGUUCAAUGGUUCGCAGUACGAUUUUGCGGUCGCCGAAAAUGCGGAAGUAGGCUCGGUCGCGUUCGCCGGCAUCGCCGUAUCCGAUAUAGAUUUCGGCCUCAACUCCAUCGUCAAUGUAGUUUGCGUACGAUCCACUGGUUGCCAAUUUUUCUCGCUGUCCGUCGAUAAAAUUCGAGACGGCGUUUACGCGGUCGCUUUAAUUCUUCGUCGCAGUCUGAAUUACGAACUGCAAUCUUCGUACACGUUGUGGCUUCAGGCUAUCGAUUCGAAUCCUAAAAAACCUUUAUCGUCCGUCGUCAAGGUUGUUGUCGAUGUCGAAGAUGUACAAGACGAGCCGCCGAUAUUUUUUAACGCGCCCUACUCCAUCGCCGUUUAUGAGAAUACCGAACCAGGUGUCAAAUUAUUGAGCAUCGCAGCCAAGGACGGCGACGAGAAAAACUUAAGACCGCUCGCGUUUCAUUUACGAGAAGACGUAUCGCAUUAUUUUACCGUCGAAAGCGACGGCCUCGGAAACGCCUCGAUUUUUACUUCUCACAAUCUAAUCGACAGAGAGCAUUCUGCGAUCCUUCAGAUGGGCGGAAUAUACUCGUUUUACAUUUCGGCGACCGAAGUUACUAGCGAUGACGACGAUGAAUCUAUCGGAAAUAUCAGCAGCGAGCUCGUUACCGUCGUGAUCAAAGAUCGAGACGAUCAUUUGCCGAAAUUUAACCAACAGCUUUUCCUACUCAACGUAUCCGAAGAUAUCGGCGUCGGUACUCCGCUGCCCAGUCUCGGUAUGACCGUCAGCGACGCCGAUAUCGGCGACAAUGCUAGAUUUUCUCUGACGCUGAAAGCGCAUCCCGGCCAGUUUGCCGAUUGUUUUUCCAUCGAACCGGCUACGGCCGUUGGUAAAUCGGCCGUUAUUAUUCGAGUUGUAAACAACACCGGUUUCGAUUACGAGAACGGUAUUCGCGAGAUAACAUUGUACGCUGUCGCUUCGGUCGUCGAUGGCGAACAGAAUGUUUCUCGAGAAGCCGCUCGUGCGCAAAUUAUCGUCAACGUGACAGACGCCAAUGACAAUGCGCCCAAAUUCCAACGUUCGAAAUAUGUGGUAAACGUGAUGGAGAAUACGCCCGUAGGCACUAGCGUAGCUCAAAUAAACGCCAUCGACCGAGAUUCUGGCCUAUUUUCUCGAAUAACCUACACCAUCGGCGGCUUUGGCACGGAUAAAUUUGACACCGACUCCAACUUAGGAGGUCUAAUCGUUACCAACAAAAUCGACUACGAGCAGCAAACGUCUUUUUCGCUGACCGUAAACGCCAAGGAUGGCGGAAAUCGUUCGACCACCGUCAACGUACUCGUUAACAUCGUAGACGUCAACGAUAACGCUCCCGUAUUCGAUUUCAACGAAUAUCGCAGAAACAUACGAGAAGGAUCGUCAACUUUUCAACCGCAGUUUUUUGUCAAAGCCAGUGACGCGGAUGGUACGCCAAACAAUACGAUUACGUACUCCAUUUUCAGCGCGAAUUCGAACGCAGUCGGCAUCGACGAAACAACCGGAGAAAUAUUAAUAACGCAACCCGCCAGCUCUAAGCAUACCUCUCGAGGACAAUACGAACUGAAAGUUCGCGCUACCGAUUCCGGCGAACCCGCGUUAUGGUCGGACACUACGGUAUUCAUCCGUGUCGGCGUACCGGGUAAUCAAAGACCAGUGUUCAAAGGCACGCCGUACAACGUUACCAUUUUGGAAACAUUGCCAUCCGAUUCUAUGGUGACCACAGUACGGGCUACCGAUCCUGAUGGACCGGACGAUUCGCUCGAGUAUAAAAUAACCGGCCAAGGUGCGGAUCAGUUUUACAUCAAACCCGAAUCCGGUGUCAUCUUUUUGGCGGAUAGUUGCGAAUUGAAAGUGAACCACGCUCCUUCGAAGCGAUACGGUAUCACGGUGCUGGCAAUCGACAGUGGUACUCCAUUACGUGAAACCGCGCAAACGACAGUCAUCGUCAACGUUUUGAACGUGAACGACGAGCCGCCGGCAUUCCAACAUCGCAGUUACGUUUCGCAUAUUUUUCAACGUAUGAUAAAUGGAACGUCGGUGAUCAAAGUACGCGCUACGGAUUCGGAUUACGAUUCCCUGUUGGAAUAUUCGUUGCUGAAACCUUUUCAAAUCACCGAUCGUCGCGGUUUUACUAUGGUCGACGAAUUGGGCAUCUAUAAUGAUUUAUUUAGUAUCGACAAAAAUUCGGGCGACGUAAAAAUACAGCGCGCAUUAUCCGAAGAAUUUAUUCGUUUAAUAACGGUUACGGUGCAAGUUCGCGAUACUAAGGCCACCGCGAGCACGGCUGCCAAGCAAAUUGAUAGAGCCGAAAUCACUUUCUUCGUGGAAACGAUCGACGAAAUAAGGCCUGUUUUUUUGAUCGGCGGAUGGAUGAGAUCGAAUCCCACAAUCGUAUGCGAUCUACUCGAAGAACAGCCUAUCGGUUCGACCGUUUUGAGGCUGAUCGCUCAAGAUCCGGUCACGAUGUCGCCGAUACGGGAAUACCGCGCGAAAACCGCUUUACCGAGACAGUUGGCUGUGGAUCCUGUAGGAAAUGUGGUGCUUACCGAACGCGUAGAUUACGAAACUGUUCGAUCUAAGAUUUUAACUUUCGAAGUAGAAGCGAUUUCUGACGACGAUCAAAGAACGACGAGCGAAGCCAAAGUUUUCAUCAAUAUCGUCGAUGCGAAUGAUCACUCUCCGCAAUUUUCGGACAAAAUUUAUCGCGGCUCUAUCGAGGAAAAUUCCAAAAGCGGAACGACCGUACUUUUUGUUAAAGCGACAGAUGGCGAUCUACCAACGUCUCCUCGCGGAUACGGAAAUAUUACCUAUCAUCUUGCCGGCGAACACGCGUUUCUUUUUGACAUCGAUCCCAAAGAAGGUAGAUUAAAGGUAGCAAAAAAAGCGACGAUUGAUCGAGAAAAGCAACUCGUAUUGAAUGUAAUAGCCGUUGCAACGGACACGCCUUCGGGAGGGAAAGAGCGCCGAAAAAGCGAAGUUCCGAUUCAAAUCGACAUAUUGGAUGUUAACGAUAAUGCUCCUAUUUUCGUCGAAAAAGAUUACUCGAUAGUUAUUUUGGAAAAUAUCGCGAUUGGAACCGGCGUGCUAAAGGUAUCCGCUAUCGAUCGAGAUAGCGGAAAAGCUGGUAUCGUGAGCUACGAGAUUAUCAACGAAUUUGAUUGCUCAGGAUUUUUUAAAAUCAAUUCGGUAACCGGAGAAAUAGUAGUUCAAAGAGCGUUGGCUGGAAGAGGACGUAAUUAUCCGUAUGGUUUGUCUGUGAGAGCUCAAGAUAACGGAGAACCGGCUCUUUUCACCGACAUUCAUAUUUCCGUUCUGAUUGGAGACGUUUUAACUAACGACGGUGUCCCGGUGUUUGUGCAUCCCACCGAAAACGAAAUUGCCUACAUUUCAGAGGAUUCGCCGAUUGGAUCGUUGGUUUUUCAAGUCGUUGCUGCCGAUGCGGAUGAUCCGUUUACUCCCGAAGGUCAGAUACAAUACUCAUUUUUGAAAGAUAGUUCUGACGCCGAUGCAUUUCAUAUUGAUCCGCUUACUGGUCGUAUCAUCACCAAAGUCAAGCUGGACAGAGAGUUGAAAAGUAAAUAUUCGUUGAUUUUGACGAUUAAAGACGGCGGUGUAGUAUCUCAACAAAGUUCGAGAGUUCUUCAGAUACGCGUCAACGAUACAGACGAUAAUGUUCCUAUAUUUAAUAGAACUGUGGAUGAGAAACCGGCACAACUUUCAAUAAUGGAAGAACUCCCUGUCGGUACAUUGAUAAAAACAAUCGAAGCUUUUGAUCCGGACGAAAAUGAGAAUGCCCAAGUCGCUUUCUUUAUCAUAGGUGGAAACGAGGAAAAUCUGCUCGAAGUGGUCGAUUCGACGAACAACAGUGCCAUAUUACGAGUUGCCAAACGAAUUGAUCGUGAAAAUGUUUCUCAGAUAUCUUUAACGUUGAAAUGUCAUAAAAAAUUCGAGAAACUAAAAAUAUCGCGUAAAAAAUAUAAUAAAACGGAUCUGAGUGAAAGACAGAUUGAUAUCAAAGUGUUGGAUAUCGACGAUAAUUACCCCGAAUUCGUCGAGGAAAACAUCACCGUAGGUGUCCGCUUCAACGUGCCCAUAAACACGUUAUUGCUGACGUUGAAAGCACACGAUAACGACGUCGAAACCGAAGAAAUUUCGUACUUUAUCCGCGAAUGUACUUUCGUGCGGUCAAAUUGGAAGCAAGAAUGGCGCAAUUCGUCUUUUCCAUUCAUUUUGAACUCGAGCGCCGGCGAAUUACGUACAAACCUCAGCAUGACGAAACACGUUGACGGUCAUUUCAUCAUCGAAGUGAUCGCCGUUAGCGGGUCAAGCGUUAAAUCCGCUUCGUGUUUCAUAAAAGUAUACGUAGUUCGUGAAAAAGCGUCGUUGAAAUUUAUUUUUUCGAAAACGCCCUCUCAAGUAAAAGAAUACCUCGUCGAAUUCAAAAACCAGUUGCAAAGGUUGUUGGCGAUGCCAUCUGUUCGGCUGGACGUUUACGAAACGCAUUUUUAUGCCAAACCUGACGGAAAUUUGGAUUUUUCUAAAACGAGUUCCUGCAUCGAAGUAAUUACGGAUGAUUACGACGCCAAAGAAGCGGAUUUCUUUUUGAAACUCGAAAGUAACGAAGAGCUGCGAAAGCUAUACGAUAAAUACAGUGUGCAAUCUGUUCAACGAUACGCGAACGUUUCGCCAAAUGUUAAAAUAACUGGCAUACAGAUCUCGUUACUUGGUAUCGCCAUAUUUAUCGCCGUCGCGUCUAUAAUUUCUGGUUAUACGUUGUGUUGCUCUUAUAAAAGAUGGCAAAGACUGAAAUAAUUAACAAAGCCUCGCACCUAGUAUGUACCUACCAAAUGCAUUUCUGUGACAUUUAAUUUUUUUAUUUUUCUAUUUUUAUUGCCAUAUUAGUGAUAGCUACCUAUCUGCAUUAUACGCAAUUUGUAUAAUGUAAUAAUUUGUGUAAGUACUCGAGUCAGAAAUACGAGCGAAUAAUCUUUGUUCUUAACGUAAGAUGUUUGUAAAGUUUUAUUUUACAAACAAUAUAAUCUACUUACGAUGUUGUUUUUUUGGUAA